CAGCCAGAAAUGAGAGAAUUUUUACCUUCUCCAAAUACCCUUUUCUACUACUUUUCUAUUUGCUCAAUCAGAAAAUCAAGCCUACUCUUCUCAGCUCUGUGAUUCUCUGCCUUGAUCUUUAACCUCCUCCUCCAUGGUUUUCCACAGCUCUUUGGCUCUCACCCAGAAAUCAUUUCCUUGUAAAGAUUGGAUUUGAUCUACAGUUUCUCUGAAAAUCGAAUCCCAUGAAGCUAUCACACUCUUUCUUACAAGGUCAGAAUAAUUUCUAAGCUGAUAAAAGUGAGGGUUUUGAGAUAUUGGUGGGUUGCUGCUUUGCGAUCGUGCAAGAUCAAGCUCCCAGAUUAGCCCAUAUAUGCUGAGCCAUAUGGAAAAGCCAUAAUGAUUUCAUCCUUCGAAGGUCCCGUAUCGACCCUUUCACAACUGUGGACAAAGCUCUGAAAUUCCAGGAGCUGUUUGUGGAAGCUGAGGAAAGGGUCCUGUCCAGUAUGAACUCGCCCAACGUACAAAGAAGGAGUGCUGCUAACACUAGGAGAACCUGGCAGCCUCCCUCGCAAGCUGUUUUCAAGCUUAACUCAGAUGCCUCUUUCACCAUGCAUUAAAUAAAGCAAGGUUGGAUUCUGUGUGCAGAACUUUAGUGGUAAACCUUUUGGUGGCCGUCUUCGUCAGAGAUUUUGUUCUUCUGUUCUUGUCUCGGAGGCUUUGCUCUCAAGGACGCAGUCAGAUUUGCAAGCUCCCUUAACAUGGAUAAAGUUACUUGUGAAUUUGACUCCUUAGUGGUUAUUCAGCGUCUUACAAUCCACACCAAGGAGAUUCCUUGGGAAAUUAAAGCAGUUAUUGAGGAGAUAAAGCUCCUAUCCAGACGUUUCUCUCUGUGCUCGUUUAGUUACAUUAGUCGUGCUUGUAAUGCUGCAGCUCAUUGGGUUGCUAAUUCUGAUUUGGCUUUAUUUCAUAGUUCUUGGAUGUCUAUAAUCCCAGCAGAACUUGAGAGAAUACUCUUUGCAUGAUGUAUCUUCUCAUUCUUUUCAAUCAAUAUCCUUCGUUGUUGACUGAAAAAGAAGAACAAAUUUAGGAAUAAAUAUUUAGCCCCAGCAUUUGCUUAAUUAUAUAAAUUGUAGCAAAAUUAUAAUAACUUUUAAAUAUUAUUACAAGAGUGACUCACUCUUUUAUAUUUUUUCUUUCUAAAACAAGAUUAAUUUUGAAUUAAAUAUGCAAAAAUUUUGACUAAAGAAUCCAUAAUUCUGAAAAUAAAAAACACUAAAUUGAACCAAGUUGCCAAAUUGAACUUUAUUCCAGCAAAUCUAUAUACUCUUCUCCUAAAAUAAAACAAUAAAAAGAAAAGAAAAUAUAUUAUAAGUAACUUGUAACUUGACCCACUAGCCAUACAGGAUCCUAGCUCCCUUGAGUACAUAAGCCCAAAAUUCACGAACACAUACUCAGUACGUGAAAAUUUUUGUUUGGUCACAGAGAAAUUUGAAACGGCAAAUAAAAUGCCUCCAAGAAGAGCUCCGAAGGUGGGUCUUAAACGUAUUGAUGCUGCACUAGAUGCUCUUCGUCCAAUGGGCUUUUCUCCAGAUUUGAUUCGAAAAACUGUUCAAAGUCUUCUCAAGGCUUAUGGUGGAGAUGAAGGCUGGCCUUUUCUUGAAGAGAACUCUUACAGACUUGUUAUUGAGUCCAUUCUUGAGGAAUUAGAGAAACCUGAGAGGGAAGAUGAUGGACCAAAGAUGCUGGAGAACGGAAGUUCAAAGGAUGAAAUAAUCGAAGAGAAAGCUAAAGCACAAGUUCACUACCCUUCUGAUCAUUACAAGCGAGUUCAAUCACCAAGCAUUGAAUCCCCACCGCAAAAGAAGCAUGCCAUGGUAGUCCACACUCCAAGCAUCAACACCACACCAGGAGCAAAUGCUGUUCCAUGCUCUUUGAAAGGUGAAACAUCUCAAGUCAAGCUUGAAAGAAAGCUUCCCUCCUCUGAGAUUUCAGCAGGAGUCAGCUCUCCGCAGCUAUUUUCUCCGCCACCUGUGGAGUCUCGUCCAGCUCAAAGGCGUAAACCUUGUUAUGGGUGGCUUAGCAGUGAUGAUGAGGAAGAGCCUGACCUAGUAAAUCUAGUCUCAGCAACUUCACGUCCGCCUUGAUUUAUGUUCAACAUCUCAAGCUGUUCACAUAUUGUAAUUAUUAAUGCAAUGCUACUCUUACCACAAACAUCCGUAAAGAUCAAAAGGGUUUAACUUGGUAUAGUUCUUGACCAAUAUUUUGUGUUUGUAAAGGAGGAAUUGUUAGAGAUCCAGGCAUCUGUGCAGGUCUACUCUGAAAGGGCUUAAAAAUAGGGAUAUGAGGCUAUGAGCUUUGAUAAUGUUAGCUAGCCUUUGAAGUUCUUCAA